AAUUAACUGAAUGUCAUGUCAAGUUUUUUUUGCUGCUAUGUGCCAAUGUCUAUGACAUGCUUAUUAUGUUACAGGAAUGCUAACAACUAUUGUGUGAAUAAAUUUAAAGUAAAAAUGUUGAGACAGAAAAUAUAUGCCAUGCUUAUUUUUGCCAACAAAGCUUCCACAACAACAAAGGUUUCGUUUUCCAACUCGGCUAAAAAUCUUCAGUCAAUAAAUCCACGACAAUAUUCUAAAAAUAGAACCCAAGAUCCAACAGGAAAGUGGCUAAUGCUCGCAUUCCCUGCUAGUGCCUUUGGGUUGGGGGUUUGGCAAUGGAGAAGAAAGGCUUGGAAAAGUAAUUUAAUUAAAGAACUGGAACAAAAAACCACAGCAGAGCCCAUUCUGUUUCCCACUGACUUAAGCGAGCUUCAGAAUUUGGAAUAUCGUCCGUUAAUUGUCCGUGGAACAUUCGACCACUCAAAGGAAUUAUACAUUGAGCCAAGAUCUUUGAUUGACAGGUCAAAAAAUAAACCAAUUGAUGCGGGGUCCGUGAUGUCAAUACAGAACAAGAACAUGGGUGUGUUGGUAAUCACACCAUUCCAUGUUACAGACCAUGAUAUAACAAUCUUAGUUAACAGAGGAUUUGUACCAAAGGAGCAAAAAAAUCCAAAGGCGAGAAUGUCAGGGCAAAUAGAGAAGGAAAUCGAAAUAGUUGGCUUGCUUCGACAUAAUGAAAAACGACCACCUUUGUCUCCAAAAAACAACCCCGUUCGUAACCACUGGUUUUAUAAAGACCUUGAUCAAAUGGGUUCCUUAACUGGUGCUGAACCUAUAUUACUAGAUGCUGUGUUUGAAUCCUCAGUACCUGGUGGUCCCAUAGGAGGCCAAACCCGUGUCAGUUUGAGAGAUGAACAUUUAUCUUACAUGAUAACUUGGUUUUCUUUAUCUGCUAUCACAUCGUAUAUGUGGUACAUGAGGUUUCUCAAAUAAUGAUUUUUUCCAUAAUUUGUUUAUGCAUAAUAUAGGCCUAUCGUUGCUAUUUUAUUCAAGGAAAGUGCAUUACAUUUUUCAAAUAUAGGCGCCAAACCUGGGGUGGCAGGGUGGACAGGUCUACCCUAAAGUUUCCUGCACUGCAUUAGUCAGUAAACAUCAGAACCAAUAAGUUAAAGUAGCUAGAAAUGUGUAUCCAACUAUCUUUGUGUCCUCUAGCAUAAAAGGAUUGGUGCCUAUGAAUAUGCAUAUAUGCUAAAUAAGUAAAAUUAUCAUUGCAAAAAUGAACAACUUUAUUAUGUUGCUACAUUUAAACACUCUAAAUAUCCUUUUUAG